GACAAAAUGAAAAACAUCACUUUAGCAUUUCCCAAUACAGGUCUCCUUCCCUUCAAGAUACCACCAUGAGCUCCAGCCACACCCAGAAGAACCGAGGGGACUCCACUCCGCUGCCUCCAAUCAACGAGCGCCUGGCUUUCCUGCGGCCGUCCAGAGAGCUGUUAGAGUAUUACCGCAAGAAGAUCGCUGAGUUUGAUGAGGAACACGAGGAUCUGGUAAAGCAACUGGAGCAAUACAAAGCUACCUUUGAGGAGCAGGAACGUUCAGAUAAGGUGGCCAAGCGGCUGCAAUUGAUGGCGCAGAGAUACGAGGCUCUGGAGAAAAGGCGCAACAUGGAGGUAGAGGGCUAUAAGACUGACAUCAAGCUGCUGAGACAGCGGUUAAAGGAUGUAGAGAAGCAACUAUUCAAGGUGACGCUGAACAUCGGGCCAGACCAAGAUCUUGCUAUUCUGGAUGCAGUGCGGCAGGGCAACAAAAAGACACAAAAAUUUCAAGGGAACUGGCAACUUAAAGGCAAAUCUGUGGCCUGGGGAAUGAACUGA